GGUGCUCAAGGAAAUACAUUUAUAUGUUAAAAAAUGAAGGGUGCAAAGUUCAAUCUGUGAGAUUUUAGUUAUAUUUCAUCAUGGAACCAUUGGCUUGAUUGAUUUUGCAUCCUGUGGACAACCCUGUAAACUUCCUUCCUAAGAUGAUGACUCAAGACGAUGAUCCAUAUCCAGCUGGGGAAAAGAAAAGAACUCCCAUUCGCAUUUUCUUUAAGGAUGCCAGGAAUGUCUUUAAAUUGGAUGAACUUGGACUGGAGAUAGCACAAAUUGCAUUGCCGGCAGCCCUGGCUUUAGCAGCUGACCCAAUUGCUUCUCUGGUCGACACAGCAUUUAUUGGCCAAAUAGGCUCAGUUGAACUUGCUGCUGUAGGUGUUUCUAUUGCUCUGUUCAAUCAAGUAUCCAGAAUUGCAAUAUUCCCUCUUGUCAGUGUCACAACCUCUUUUGUGGCUGAGGAAGAUACCAUUGGGAGAGGGAGUGCUGAGAUCCGAGAAAUUGAAUACUUAGAAACUGGUUCAUGUUUAAACGGUGAAAAUAAGGAGUUAAUACCACAGAAUGAUUCUUGUGAGAUUUCAUGCAAGUCAAAAUCAUUCCAUAGUAGCUUUGACAUUGCCAAAAUAGAGAAUCAAAGAAGGCAUAUCCCAUCAGCUUCAUCAGCACUGGUUAUUGGUGGCAUCCUUGGUCUAGUCCAGGCUGUUUUCCUCAUAUCUGCAGCAAAACCUUUAUUAAACUUCAUGGGAGUCAGCUCUGAUUCUUCCAUGCUAACUCCUGCACAACAGUACUUGACAUUAAGGUCACUUGGGGCUCCUGCAGUUCUUCUCUCAUUGGCAAUGCAAGGAGUCUUUCGUGGAUUUAAAGAUACAAAAACUCCUCUAUAUGCCACUGUGGCUGGAGAUGUAACAAACAUAAUUUUAGACCCAAUUUUUAUGUUCAUUUUCCGUCUAGGCGUCGGUGGUGCUGCCAUUGCACAUGUCAUAUCUCAGUAUCUUAUUGCAGUUAUACUUCUGUGGAGAUUGAUGGGUCAAGUUGAUCUUUUACCUCCUAGUAUCAAACAUCUACAGUUUGGUAGAUUUCUUAAAAAUGGUUUUUUGUUACUAAUAAGGGUAAUGGCCGUUACACUCUGCAUCACCCUUUCUGCCUCACUGGCUGCAAGGCAGGGAUCGACAGCCAUGGCUGCAUUUCAGGUCUGCUUGCAGGUUUGGUUGACAACAUCUCUUCUCGCCGAUGGGUUAGCUGUUGCUGGCCAGGCAAUACUAGCUGGUGCAUUUGCAAGAAAAGACUAUGACAAGGCAACAGCCACUGCAUCUCGAGUUCUGCAGUUAGGAUUAGCUUUGGGGUUGUUGCUCACAAUCCUAGUUGGAGUAGGGUUGAAUUUUGGAGCCAAAUUAUUCUCAAAAGAUGCCAGUGUCCUCCACCUUAUUGCCACAGGCAUUCCAUUUGUUGCAGGCACCCAACCCCUCAAUGCCUUGGCAUUUGUUUUUGAUGGUGUCAAUUUUGGAGCAUCUGAUUUCGCAUAUUCUGCCUUCUCCUUGGUUCUGGUUGCUAUUGUCAGCAUCAUAUGUUUGCAUUUCCUCUCCUCCAGUCUCGGGUUCAUCGGGCUCUGGAUUGCUCUGACCAUAUACAUGAGUCUUAGAGCAUUUGCUGGCUUCUGGAGGAUAGGGACGGGAACAGGGCCCUGGGGAUUUCUCAGGAGAUGAUGAAUUUAUUUCCAAGGAAACAAUUUUGGCAGUGGACAGCCAUUUUUACUCCAUUCUGUCAACUGUCAUUUCUUUGCAUGGAAAUUGGAAGAUACAUGUAGAUAUGAAAAGUAAAAAACAUAGGCGAACUCUCAUUCACCUCUGAGAGCAAUGCCAAGGAUAAUCAUGAUAAAAGUGUAGAAUCUGUAUUACAGUUUCAGGGUCCAGAGUCUUGGGGGAUGCAUCCCUAGUAAUUUAUUUCCUUGAAUGCACUAGGUAAAGGUGCACUCAAAAACUAUUCUGUGCACAAGUAGGGCCAAGAGGACGCAACAAAAACAAAAUUUACAGUUUAGGGAAUGUUGUAGUUGUAUGAUGUGUGGCUGUGCUCAUCAUGCACCAAUAAACCAAUUACCUGAAAUUUCUUGUUGGGGUGGCAUUUCUCCAGGGACAACAAUGAUAAGUUACGGAUAUGUACACUUUCUUAUGAAAUAUGAAUUACAAAGUAUUACUUUUUU